CAACGGUAUUUGACUGCUUUUUUGUAACAGGACUGAUACGUCUAUUUUAUUGCUUACAGUCAUGUACAGAAAAGACUAAUACUAAUCGAGAGUAACUUAUUGUCAUGACUUACUCUGCUUGCUUUAAGUAGUAGAAUCUACUGUAAAGGGUUUAUAAGAGAGAAGCUGUAAUGCCAGCUCUGGAGGAAACGAAGUACAGACCCUUGUAAUUAAGGACUCCCUUUAAAAAGCAACCAAGAAAGGGGCUGAGACUGUUUCGAUAAGAAUUUCAACAGUUGUUACGAGUGGUUAACACUUAUACAUGAUGGAUGCUCGCGGUGGACACUACCUCAACAAAGAAGCCGUGUUGUCACCUUUAGGUGCAGCCCGAAUGUGCCAGCUGCUCUUCGGCUCCACCAUCAUCGCCUUAGUGUCGCACAGUGCAGGCUACAGCGCCACCUAUGGGUACUUCUGCAUGUUCACGUGGUGCUUCUGCUUUGCUGUGACGCUGGUGGUGUUCAGCCUGGACAUAACACGACUCCACGUCUGCAUACCCAUCUCGUGGGACAACCUAACGGUGGCUUUCGCCAUGCUGGCGACACUCAUGUACAUCACCGCCUCCGUGGUGUACCCCGUCUACUUCCUGGAAAUGGACUGCCCCAACGAGGGCUGCGAUGAGCAAGCCUACCGCAUCGCUGUGACUGUGAUCUCCAGUGUCUGCGUCUUCCCUUACGCCACCGAAGUGUUCAUAACUCGGGCCAAACCGGGCGCUGUGGUUGGGUACAUGGCAACCGUGUCUGGUCUACUCAAGGUGGUCCAGGGAUUUGUGGCCUGCAUUAUUUUUGGAGCUCUUGAUAAUUACAGCGAGUAUGACAACUACAUAGCCACUGAGUACUGCGUGGUAGUGUACAGCCUUUGCUUCACUAUCACUGUGCUGGUGGUCAUACUGACAAUAUCUGGGAGGACAUCUUCCCUGGGCUUCCCUUUUGACCGGUUCGUGGUCAUCUACACCUUUAUGUCUGUGAUCCUCUACCUCAGCACCGCACUGGUGUGGCCCAUCUUCAGCUUUGACAAGAAGUACAGCUCGACGACUCGCCCGGAGAACUGUCCACGUGGAGAAUGCCCGUGGGAAAGCAAGCUGGUGGUGGCCGUGUUCACCAACGUCAACCUGAUUCUUUACUUUGUUGACCUGAUCUACUCACAGAGGAUUCGCUUUGUCACAAACGCUGCCGUCUGAAUUUCCAUGUUAGACCUUUGCUAGGAUCAUUCUUUGAAUAAAGACUGGGCUCCGCAGAACUAAGCAUUACAUCAACCUCGAGAACUUCAGCUAAAACUGCAAGAGAUUUACAAGACUGAGUCAUCGGCUGACUAUACCCAGCACCAAAAACAGGGACGUGACUAAAGCCGGGCAAAUACAUACUGACAAUUGGACCUAAUUUGAAAAAUUUUCCGCCCUCGCUAGCAAAGGCCAGAUUCUCAGAUGUCUCUGAAAAAUGAUCCUGAGUUAUUAUCCAGUGGUGUGGGGUGUGUUAAGAGUGAUUUUUCCUCCCCAAUAUGCUCAGAAAACAGUGAGGGCUGAUCAUUGUCAAUGAUAAACCUGUUUAAUAUUUAGGGUGGCAAAUCCUCGUGUGUGGUCAACACGGAGUUGGGCUGAGGCAAAGACUCUCCGACUGUGACAUGAAACAGAAUGCUGUACUCAAAUGGAGGAGCAACUGGUUAUGUUGAGUGUUUGUAAAAUGUCUCACACGUCACAGUUAGCCUAGCUUUUUUCUACUUUAACUUGGUGUUGGCCAUCUUGUGUACACCACACACUAUAGGAGCGGUAAGCACACACCAGGUGGGCACUUGGGGUCUCUACCAUUGUAAAAAUUGGUUAAUAUUAAAAAUCAGUACGUGUGUACCCCACUUAUUUUUUUCUUGGUAAUGAUUACAAUAUCAGUAUUAUGCCAUAUCCUAAACAAAUUGAUCUAUGCACUAUGUAUCUAACUGUUGAGCGCAUAUCUCAUACUGAUACACAUAUAUUGAAUUGACAGUUUGCACUGAGCAUAGCCUUUGACUUUUAGCUCCCCGGUUAUUUUUCUGUUGUCCUCCUGCCAAAUGUUCAUAUUAGCAUAAUUUUUCUAUUAUCCACUGAAUGUUAUGUAUUUUUGAAUGCAAUAGUUUGUCUCCAGUAUUAAUUUGUUUACUUAUAUAACCAUAUUUAUAUAACAAUUUCCUUCUCUGUUGGACCAUUUUAAAUACCAAUAAAUUACUAAAGUAGAUUUUCACACUUUUUAGAGGGCAGGUCGCCAACAUUGAUAAACAGCCUAAAUUUAUCUGAUUUUGAAGAAGUCUGUCUUAAAACCUAUAUGAACUCUGCUGUGUGUGAAAGGAAGUUACCUGCUGUAAAAGUAAACACAACCAAAAUAAAAAGUAAAACUACUCAUUUUUUGAAGAGGCCAUACAAAACAUGGAAAGGUGUUUUAAAUAAAGAUGGUUCUCUAAGUA